AUGCAAUCCCUCGACGACAUUAUGGAGUCCUCCACUCCCUCUCCCUCCGCCCAGACUCCCACAACCUCCUCGAGCUCAGCCGCGCGCCGUCCCCCACGCAAGAGCACCCUUACCCAGCAACAAAGGAACCAGAAGCGCCAGAGGGCUACCCAGGAUCAACUAGUCACCCUAGAGAUCGAAUUCAACAAGAACCCCACCCCCACCGCCGUUACCCGCGAGAGAAUAGCAUCUGAAAUCAACAUGACGGAGCGCUCAGUGCAGAUUUGGUUCCAGAACAGGCGAGCUAAAAUAAAGAACAUUGCCAAGAAAAGCAUCGAGAACGGUGACGACUGUAACGACAUACCUGAAUCCAUGCGACGAUACCUUGCUCUACAGGCCAUGGAGUCUGGCAAGUCGAUAGGAAGCAGCUUCCUUGGUCGCGCUGGUGGCAUACCGUAUGGCAGCGGCAUGCUCCUCAACACUGACACCAGCUCCUCGAAAGUUGUCAUCACUCACUUCUCGGUCCGCUCCUUGAGCGUCGGAAGCUGGAGGAGAGUUGGCCAGAGCGCUAUGGAUCUGGUCAUCUUCUACUCGCCAGAGAAGUGCUGCAUCACAUACUACAUCAACAACGACUCAGCAGGAUACAAGAUCGAGUACCCUUUCUCUUACAUCAAGAACAUCAGCCUCGACAAUGGAGACAUGGCCACAAAUGCAGAGGGUGCUUCUCAGCGACCAGGAGGCCUCGUUGUGGAACUCAAUCGUCCACCAAACUUUUUCAUGGACUCUUCUGGCUCGGGAGGCUUCUUCCAGUGUGGUGAUUUCACCGAGGAUCAGCAGGCAUCGCAGGUCAUGGUUCACCAUCUUGGUGGGCAUCCUAAGGUGCUGAGCGGACAAUUGGCGAAACUUGUCUCACUGGAAGCGUUUCAGAGCCGCCAUAACAUGUACGACCCGCAUGCCACCGCGGUCUCGGCACCCGUCUCACCAAUCAACUUCCGUCCUGCAUCGCAACCCAACCAUGUGGUACACCCCCACAGCGGUAUGUUUCAUGACUCCCACCUCACGCCAGGUCCGUUCCCACCGCGUGGUCACAAACGCCAGCGUUCUCGCUCGGUACCUGUGGCGGUUGACUUCUCGAUGCUGCGUAACCCUAUGCCGUCUUUUAUGAUCCAGCCCGAGCCGUCACCGUACAAUCCGAACCAGGAGAUCUUUGCCCCCAUCCCUCACAGCUCGUCAGGCCCCAUUGGCCCGCAUCUAAGCAUUGAUACCUCUGCUGGUUACGGCAUGGGCGACUACCGUCAGUACCCCAUGUCAGCCACGACCGCCAACUCGCCGUCUGAGUAUGGCACACCGUCAUUCUACACAUCUGGACCUCAGAACGACAACAUCCCUGCCUCCAACUUUGGUCAGCACUACAACAUCCCACCGUACGUGCACACACCGAUGGGGCCGCCACCUCACUCGGCGGCGAUGAAUUCCCCUAUGCCACCGAUGAGUCACCACGAUCCCAUCAUUGCCAACCAGUCACCGCCGCUCAACUCGUUCGGCCGUGAUGGCUCUGCGGAUGUUUACCUCAUGCCUCACGAUAGCGGCAUGUCGGAUGAGACGCUUCACAUGACGGAUAUGUACGCAAAGCAGAAUCUCAACCAUCCCUUCCGUUCGCCUAUGAUGGAAGAGAGCGUUGAUGACCUAGACAUGCAAAAUCUGGUGUCUUUUGGUACACUCGACCCUUCGAGUCUGUCGCCCGAACAUCAUCACCACCAGAUGUAA